AUGGGAGGCCAGGACGAUCAAGUGAUUCUGGGGCCAGAACACGUCUCAGGGACUGCUGAAGAUAAAAAUCUCGACUGGAAAAAGACCGCUAUCGAGAUACUUGGUCGGUCUCUCGACGUACCUGUGGCAGAUAUUCAGAUGGGCUCCCAGCUUGAGGAGCUCGGCGCCGAUUCGCUUAUCGCUGCGGAGAUCGCCAGCAACAUCAAUGAGGCACUGGAUUUGACUAUCUCGUCGACCGACUUUGCUUCUUUGACAGAUGUGAAGUCCUUCUGUGAUCUUAUCGCACAUGUUUCGGGACGCGUGCCAACGCAGGCCGCUGCUGUAUCUGCAUCAGAAAAUACCAAGUUUGCGAUGAGUAACGGGGUAACUCGCAACGGCCAUUCAACCACUGCAAUUGAGAACAAUAGCCAGAUACCAACGAAUGAUAAUACAGAGCUGACCCAUGCAGUCUUGCAGAAAGUUCGCCGCGGCUUUGAUUCUCAUGCAAAAGAGGUCAAACUGGCAGGCUUCUGGGACAAUGUAUAUCCACGGCAACUAACCAUUGUGACAGCCUACAUCAUCGAAGCCUUUGAGAAAUUGGGGUGCCCUUUCAAGAAGUUCAGCCAUGGAGAAAAGCUCCCUUCAUUACAAGAAACGUUGCCGAAGUACCAAAGAGAGGUAUUGCGGCUAUGGGAGAUCCUGGAAGAAGCUGGCCUUGUCGAGAAGCACGGUGGUACUUCUAUACGGGGUCCCGUGCCUCACGUACAAGAUAAGUCAGCCAAGGAGCUGAGCACUGAUCUCUUAUCGAACUAUCCUCAGUACACAUCAACACAUGAUCUACUGGAUCUGCUCGGACCGCAACUAGCUGAGUGCCUCACUGGGAAAGCUGACGCCGCAUCUAUCCUCUGCGAUAAUGAUAAGGGCAAGGAGCUUCUUGAGAGCUUCUAUGCUAACGACCCUGGUCUCCUUGCGGCCAAUCGGGUGCUCAGCGACUUUAUCUCCACAACCAUGAAGGCUAGAGCAUCCGGCGAACCCUUCCGUGUGCUCGAAAUUGGCGCUGGGCUUGGCAGUGCCGCCAGGCAUCUCCUCCCACAGCUUCAAGCCAGCGGCGUGCCUUUUACGUACACAUUGUCUGAUUCUUCUGUGGCACUGCUGGAGCGUUCCAAAGCGACAUUACAGGACAUCGAAGGAUUGGAGUUCCGCCAAUAUAACAUCGAGGAAGACACUCAUGUGGACCUGCUGGGACGCUACCACGUCGUGAUAUCUAACAGCUAUGUUCAUGCGACGCACGACCUGCAGAACAGCCUAGUGAAUAUGCGAAAGUUGAUGCGGCCCAACGAUGGAUGCGUGGCGCUGAUAGAGCCAACGCAAAAGCUGGCCUGGUACGACCUCGUCUGGGGCUUGCUGGACGGGUGGUGGCUUUUUGAUGAUAACCGCACACACGCAUUGCAAAGCCCCUGGGCAUGGAGAAGUGCCCUGCAUAAUGCCGGGUUCAAACACGUUGACUGGUCCGAAAGCUCUAGUCGUGAGUCCCGUACUAUUCGGGUGAUCUGCGGAAUGACAGCUGAACCGGAGAGGAAAUGCCCGGCCGAGGCAACCUCCAUGCUUUUGCACCGAGGGACUUCUGCGUCUGGAAAACGGAAUCUUUUCCUGGCCCCGGACGGUUUUGGUUCUGGAGCCGUGUUCGGCGGUUUGGGGCCAUUGCUCGGUAGCGUUAGGAACGUUUCUAUCUACGCGCUCAAUAGUCCCUUCAUGCGUAGUAAUCCUGAUCCAGAUGAGCCGCUAGCCAUUGAGGAACUCGCCGCGAUCUACGCAAGCGAAAUCAAGCGCCGACAGUCUGAGGGCCCAUACCUGUUGGGCGGGUAUUCUGUCGGUGGCGUGUUGGCCUUCGAGGUGGCACGACAACUUCUCGAAGACGGCAAUCACGUCGAGAAAUUAUUUCUGAUCGACACUGCAUGUCCGACAUUCGUCCGUUACUUCCCCGACGCUCUGGUCAAGUUUCUAGAUUCCAUCGAGCAAGUGCGCGUGGGGAAUGGCAGUGAGUUCCGACCAAACCGCCGAGGCCGAUUGGUAGCGAAUGAUCACUUCUUCUUGGCCCGGCAGCAGAUGCGAGCAUAUCAGGUGCGCAGGCUACCUGGACGAAAAAUGCCGCAGGUGGUACUGAUCUCCGCGAAAGAGGGUGCGGACAAGCAGGAAGGAGUGACUCGCCCGGCGUUCCUACCGGAAGACCAGAAGGCCGUGGACUGGUUUCUGAAUGAUCGUACCGACGAGGGAUGUUUUGGCUGGAACGAAGUUCUGGACAAUAUAAAGGUGGUACGGGCCGACGGUAACCAUUUCACCAUGGUGUUGCCCUCGAUGAUCAGUGGAUGGGGCGCGAUUCUCGCUAGGAUGUUGGACGAAUAA